CACAAUUAGUAAAGGUUACAGUUAAUGGUACGUUAGGAUUUUUAAGGACUCCAAAGAUGCCGCCAAUAGCUCACGGAUACCGCGCACGACCGUUUACGCAUUCGACUCGGCCAGUAUCAUUGUUGCCGACGUUACGACUAAUAAAAACAUCAUGUACAACUCCUGCGGUGUCUGCUAUAAGCACGGCUAAUGGCGCCACCAAGAAGCAUCGUGUGGUCUUCUUGGGCACACCCGAGGUAGCUGCGGAUGUGCUUCGGGAGCUGCUGGCUGCAUCACAGCAACCCGAUUCGCUGUUCGAGGUAUGUCUGGUGGUCUCUCAGCCCGGCAAGCCCCGCGGCCGGGGCCACCGCUCCUCUGCCCCGCCCCCCUCCCCGGUGGAGGCGGUGGCGCGGGACAGUGGGCUGCUGGGGCCGGAGGGGGUGGUGUGUCCGCAGCGGGCUAAGGAGGAAUCCUUCCUGCGCCUCAUCGAGGAGCUGCAGCCCGACCUAGCCAUUACGGCAGCGUACGGCAACAUGCUGCCGCAGCGCUUCUUGGAUGCACCCAGGUACGGCACGCUAAACAUCCACCCCAGCCUGCUGCCCAGAUACCGGGGGGCGGCACCCGUGCAGCGGGCACUGCAGGACGGUGUGUCGGAGACGGGAGUGAGUGUGGCGUACACGGUGCUGGCGUGCGAUGCGGGGCCGGUGCUGGCGCAGCAGCGGGUUCCCGUGGACCCCGACGUGCAGGCCCCCGAGCUGCUGUCGCACCUCUUCCAGCAGGGCACCCGGCUGCUGCUGCGGGAGCUGCCCGAGGUGCUGGCGGGCAGGGGGCGGCAGCGGGCGGUGGAGCAGGAUGAGAGCCAGGUGCUGCAUGCGAACAAGCUGACCCGUGAGGAGGCUGUGCUGCCGCUGCUCUCCCUGCCCGCCGCCCAGCUGCACAACCGAGUGAGGGCGUUCGCGGGCUGGCCGGGCAGUGUGGCGAGACUGGCGUUGUGGGACGAGGCGUCGGACGCCCUGGAGCCCCUGGAUCUCAAGAUCGUGAGAACCCGAGCGCCCUCCGCCUCCUCGCCUGCAUCCCCGCCCUCCUCCCCCUCCACCACCUCCUCCCAGGCCCCGGGCCAUGACGGCAUCUGUACGACACCCCAACAGCAGCAGCAGCAGCAACAGCAGCCUCCGCAGCAGAACAGCGAGGAAGAGCAGCAGAACGGCGAGGAUGAGUACGAGGACCAGUACGAGGAUGUGGCCUUCUCCGGGGAUGCGAUGCUGCUGCCCUGUGCGGGGGGGACCGUGCUGGAGGUGCUGCAGGUGCAGCCGCCCACCAAGAAGGUCAUGUCGGCGAAGGACUUCCGUAACGGGCUGCGGUGGAAGCGCCUGCUGGCGCCCUUGUUCGAUGAGGGAGAAGCGUCAUGUGACGAAGACGGGGCGUUGUGAAGUGGAGGCAAAUCCGACUGGAAGGGGGGGCAAAAAGAAGGAUACCCAAUAUGUGCUGUAUGAGAAUGGCAAACAAGACGAC